UACAUGUUAAAAAUACUUCCAUUUAUUUAUAUAUUACUAUUAAAAAAAUUUAUAAAUCUUUGUUCCAUUCUUUCUUAAACCUCAAGUCUUUACAACCUUAAGACCUAUCUUUCUUUCAGUUUCAGAAUUCUCAGACAUCCUCUGCAAAAAUUCACGUGUUUUUUAUCUUUCCAAUUAUACCCUUCAAUUCCUUAACAUAUUUCCCAACCAAUCCAAUUCUCAAGCUCAAAACUUUUUUUUUUUUAAUAAUAAUUUUUUGCUUUCUUCUUAUUGAAUCGGGGCGACUCAGAUGGGUCCGAUGGAGGAUUCUCAGGAGGGCGAGUUGGUUCUGAGUCGGCUCAGUGAGUCGACGAAGGCGAUCUCUGAGUUAUCGGAUUGCCGAAACGUCUGCAAGAAGAUGUAUGGGAACUUGGUUCGGAGAGUGAAGCUGCUGAGUCCUUUGUUUGAGGAAUUGAGGGACAGCGAGGAAGGGCUUGACGAUGACGUGGUUAAGGCUUUUGAAUCGCUCAGACUCGGUUUGGAUUCUGCUACCCAACUUCUCAACUCGGUCAACGGUGGCAGCAAGCUCUAUCUGGCUCUUCAAAGGGAAAAGAUUGCUCAAAAGUUCCACUUGGUGACAGAACAAAUUGAAGCAGCAUUGAGUGAGAUUCACUAUGAUAAACUUAAUUUAUCUGAGGAGGUUCGCGAACAGAUUGAACUAGUACAUGCUCAAUUCCAAAGAGCCAAGGGAAGAAUUGACACACUUGAUUUACAACUAGACAUUGAUUUAGCCACAGCACAAAAAGAAAAAGAACCCAACCCAGCAGUACUUAAAAGACUUUCUGAAAAGCUGCAUCUCAAGACUAUCAAUGAUAUAAAGAAAGAGUCACUUGCGUUCCAUGAAAUGGUUAUCUCAAGCAACGGAGAUCCAGGGGACUGCUUUGAAAAAAUGUCAUCCCUCUUUAAGAAGAUUAAGGACUGGGUUCUGACUGAAAAUUCUCAAGUGGAGACCUCUGAGGGUGAAAAGGGCUUGAUUAAGCACAGAUCUCCUGUUAUCCCAGAUGAUUUCAGAUGUCCAAUAUCUCUUGAAUUGAUGAAAGAUCCUGUGAUUGUCUCUACUGGACAGACUUAUGAAAGGUCUUGCAUUCAAAAAUGGCUUGAUGCAGGACAUAAAACCUGUCCUAAGACACAGCAGACACUGUUGCACACAGCCCUAACUCCUAACUAUGUUUUGAAGAGUCUGAUUGCUUUAUGGUGUGAAAGCAAUGGUGUCGAGCUUCCAAAAAAGCAAGCGAAUUGUAGAAGCAAGAAAUCAGGAGGAGGCAAUGUUUCAGACUGUGAUCGUGCUGCUAUUGAUGCCUUAUUGGAAAAACUAGCAAAUGGGAAUACAGAACAGCAAAGAGCAGCUGCUGGUGAGCUCAGGUUGCUUGCUAAGAGGAAUGCAGAUAAUAGAGUAUGCAUUGCUGAGGCAGGAGCCAUACCACUUCUUGUAGAACUAUUGUCUUCUCCAGAUCCCCGGACACAGGAACAUGCUGUUACAGCACUCCUCAACCUUUCCAUCAAUGAGAGUAACAAGGGAACUAUUGUGAAUGCAGGAGCAAUACCUGAUAUAGUAGAUGUAUUGAAAAAUGGCAGCAUGGAAGCUAGAGAAAAUGCUGCUGCCACUCUUUUCAGCUUAUCUGUAAUAGAUGAGAACAAGGUGGCGAUAGGAGCAGCCGGGGCUAUCCCAGCUCUUAUAACAUUGCUUUGUGAGGGGACUCCAAGGGGGAAAAAGGAUGCUGCUACCGCUAUUUUCAAUCUUUCGAUCUAUCAGGGAAACAAGGCAAGGGCUGUAAAGGCUGGUAUUGUGACCCCAUUGAUGAGAUUGUUGAAGGAUGCUGGAGGUGGGAUGGUGGAUGAAGCACUUGCAAUUCUGGCCAUUCUUGCUAGCCAUCAGGAAGGGAAGACCGCAAUUCGUCAAGCGGAGCCAAUUCCAGUCUUAGUGGAGGUUAUAAGAACUGGUUCCCCACGCAACCGGGAGAAUUCUGCAGCAGUAUUGUGGUCAUUAUGCGCAGGUGAUUUUGAGCAGUUGAAACUAUCAAAGGAGUUUGGUGCAGAGGAGGCAUUGAAGGAACUGUCAGAGAAUGGCACGGACAGAGCGAAGAGAAAAGCUGGAAAUAUUUUAGAGCUCCUCAACCAAAUUGAAGUGGGUGCUACUGUUAAUACAUAAAAUUCUAGCUGUAUUUUAGGAGUUUGUUGGAGCCAUAUUUUGCAUGAAGAAAGUUUAAUUCCUAGAUAUGUUUCAGAAAGCUGUGCAGGAAAUCUAGUUAUAUAAGAAUUUAUACGUGAAGAAAACUCAAUUUAGCGUUUCAGUUGGUGUUUAUCUACAAAGAAAUAUGCUUAAGGAUGGCAUGUAUCGGUUAUGUGGGAAUGAAAAGCAGGAAAGAUUGUCGACUGGAACACUUAUAAAUCUGACCAGCAUGUUCAAGACCCAGCCUUUUGCAACGAAGGGCAGCAUGGCAUGAACGUUUUCACAGAACUUUCAUAGCAUGCGGGUGGUCAAGUGUACAUUUGUAACUCUACCUAAAUGCUUCAUCAAUUUUCUGUUGUUGUAUAUGGUGUUGUAGAAAGAGUUAUGUCUCAUAUUCGUUUAUUCAUAAUGACCAAAUAAAAUGUUACUUUAUGGUGCA